AUGGUGAACAGUCUCAAGAACAGUCUCAAGAACAGUUUCAAGAACAGUUCCAAGAACAGUCCAAAGAACAGUCCCAAGAACAGUCCCAAGAACAGUCUCAAGAACAGUCCCAAGAACAGUCCCAAGAACAGUCCCAAGAACAGUCCCAAGAACAGUCUCAAGAACAGUCCCAAGAACAGUCUCAAGAACAGUCCCAAGAACAGUCUCAAGAACAGUCCCAAGAACAGUCUCAAGAACAGUCCCAAGAACAGUCCCAAGAACAGUCCCAAGAACAGUCCCAAGAACAGUCCCAAGAACAGUCCCAAGAACAGUCCCAAGAACAGUCUCAAGAACAGUCUCAAUAACAGUCUCGGGACUGUUCAGCAUGAAUCUAGCGGUGGGUAA